AUGGGGCUGGAGCGAGGCCAGCGGGCGUCCCUCGCCAUUACCCUCAACUUCGUGGCAUUCGCCUUCGCCGUCUCGGCCGUGACCACCAACUACUGGUGUGAGGGGACCCGGAAGGUGGUGAAGCCGUUCUGCACGGGCCCGGUCACGGUUAGGCAGUGGUACUGCAUCCGCUUCAACAGCUCCAACAUCAACGACAGCAGGCUGGUCCAGUACAUCUGGGAGAGCGGAGAGGAGAAGUUCCUCAUGAGGAAGUUCCACACCGGCAUCUGGUUCUCCUGCGAACAGGCAGCAGACAUGAACGGGUUUGACUGCAGAGACUUCUUUGAGAUCGCACCGGAACAUGAAAGAGGUGUGCUGUGGCUGUGCAUCGUGGCAGAGCUCCUGUACGUCACGUUGCUGUUCAUGGGAGGAAUCUUGAUGACAGUUGAACAGUGUCCCUGCUUCAGCGUCAUGAACAAGCUCAAACUCAACGCCUUCGCCGCCAUGUUCACCGCACUGUCGGGCCUGUGUGGCAUGGUGGCCCACAUGAUGUUCACCACCAUCUUCCAGCUGGCCGUUGCCAUAGGACCAGAGGACUGGAGGCCCAAGACCUGGGACUACAGCUGGUCCUACAUCCUGGCGUGGGGUUCUUUUGGUACCUGCAUGGGUUCUGCGGUGGCCACCCUGAACCGCUACACCAAGACCAUCGUGGAGUUCCAGUACAAGCGUCGGAACGUCGAGAAGAACAUGCGGAUUAAGCAGAAACUUCUAGAGCUGGAUCUUCCAGAGCAGAUGUGGGACAUGUACCUGACGGCCGUGCCUGCCGGUACCGAGGCUCACCUGGACCUACCGGACACGGUGCCCGUUAACGGACGCAAACCGCCCAGCGGGACCAAGUACAUGGUGGGCCUGGAUAAUGUUCCAGAUCUGUACCUGGGGCGGCAGGGGGAGGAGUACUGCUAGAGAUGUUGAGC